CAGCGGGCGCUUCGACGGUGCUGAUGGAACCGCCGCCGCGCCUGCCCGGGCCUCGCCCGCCCCGCGGCCUCGCCGCCGCACUGGGCCGCCUGCCCCGGGCCCCUCGGCCCCGUAUCCCUCGGCCCCGCUCUCCGCCGCCGCUGCCCGCCCUGCUUAGCGACCUGGGCCUGGGCGAGCGGCCCUGCCCCUCACUGGAGGCUGGGGAAUGGGCCCUGGGCCGCAGCUCCAGCAACACAGGGAAAGCUCCAACACGGCCAGGCGCAGUGGUGGAGGAUGAUGAUGGGGUGAUAGCGACAUUCCCCUGCCGUGGGCGGACGCUGUGGCACAGAGGCCGAGGGGAUGCGCUGCCAGCCCCCCCUGGGAGAGACACUGCCGUGCCGGCCCGUGGAAAGCCCUGCAACGCCUCUGUGCCCACCCAAUGCCCACUGGGACCCUGGCCCAGCCCACCGCCCACACCUGUCCCAAGGACCCCCCUGGUUGCUGGCAGACUGGACUCAGGGAUGAAGCCGGUGCUGAUGGGAACCACCUUACCCUUGGGGCUGAACUCUGUGAAAAUCCAGUGCCAGAACGAAGCCGUCUACCAGUACCACGUCACCUUCAGCCCUGAGGUGGAGUGCAGAAGCAUGCGUUUCGCCAUGGUGAAGGAGCAACGGGCAGUGACGGGGGAUGUGACGGCGUUUGAUGGCUCCAUCCUCUUCUUGCCCAUUCAGCUCCCUCAGCCGAUCAGUUUGAAGGCUCAGAUGAGGAGCACUGGGGAGGAGGUCUCCAUCACCAUCCAGAUAACCAAGAUUCUUGAGCCUAGCUCAGAUCUCUGCAUCCCCUUUUACAACGUGGUUUUCCGGAGGGUGAUGAAAAUAUUGGAUAUGAAGCUGGUUGGGAGAAAUUUCUUCGAGCCUGCCCGGGCCAACAUUUUACAACAUUACAGGCUGCAGAUUUGGCCGGGUUACUCUGUCAGCAUACGGAAGAAGGACGGCGGUCUCUUCCUCUUGGUCGACUCCAUCCACAAAGUCAUCCGCAGUGAUUCCGUCCUGAGUUUUAUGCACAGCAUCUACAAGCAAAGCGUCAGCAGCUUCCAGGAUGAGUGCACCAAGCAAUUGGUGGGCAACGUGGUCAUCACCCGCUACAACAACCGUACCUACCGCAUCGAUGAUAUUGACUGGACCAAGACCCCUAAGGACAGUUUCACCCUGGCCAAUGGCGAGGAGAUCACCUUUGUGGACUAUUACAGCAAAACCUACGGGAUCACCAUCAAGGAGCUGGACCAACCACUGCUCAUCCACAGGCCCAAGGCAAAACUGAUGCCGGUGGGAAAGCGUCAGCUGGACAUAGUGCUGCUUGUGCCAGAGCUCACCUUCAUGACGGGCAUCCCAGAUGUGAGGAGAGACAGUCGAAUGGUGAAGGACGUGAUGCGGGAGAUGCUGCAGAGCCCCAGGCAGCACUACAUGCGUCUCACCAACCUCCUGCGCAGGAUCAACGAUAACUCGGAGGCUUCGGCAGAGCUGAUGCACUGGGGGCUCACACUGGACCCUGAUAUCCACAAGACCCAGGGCCGAGUCCUGCCCACAGAGAGGAUCAACCUGCGGCACAGCUCCUUUAUCCCUGAUGAGGACCUGAGCUGGAACAAGGAGGUCACACGAGAAGCCUCCAUCUCAACGAUCUCCUUGAACUGCUGGCUGCUGGUUUACCCCAAGCGCCUACAGGACGUGGUGAAGGAUUUGAUGAACACCAUGGAGAGUGUCUGUAGUCCCAUCGGGAUGCGCAUCAGCCGUCCCGCCCUGGUGGAGCUGAAGGAUGACCGCAUCGAGACCUACACCAAGACCAUCCGGAGCGUAUUAGGGAGCGAGGACAAGGUGCAGCUGCUCCUCUGCGUGAUCUCCAGCAGCCGGGAAGACUUGUAUGGGGUCAUCAAGAAGCUGUGCUGCGUGCAGUCCCCAGUGCCUUCCCAGGUAAUCAACGUGCAAUCCCUCACCAUCCACGCCAGCAAGAUGAGGAGCGUGGUCCAGAAGCUCCUGCUGCAGAUAAACUGCAAGCUAGGUGGCGAGCUCUGGGGCGUUGACAUCCCACUGAAACAGCUGAUGGUCAUUGGCAUGGACGUCUACCACAGCUGCAGCAAAGGGAUGCGCUCCGUCAUCGGCUUUGUGGCCAGCAUGAAUCCCAUCCUCACCAAGUGGUAUUCCAGGGUGGUCUUCCAAAUGCCCCACCAGGAGAUCGCGGACAGCCUGCGGCUCUGCCUGAGCGAUGCCCUCCAGCACUUCCAUGAGAUGAACCACUGCUUGCCCAACAAGAUCGUGGUGUACCGGGACGGCGUGUCCGACAGCCAACUCAACACCGUGCUCAAGUAUGAGGUCCCACAGAUGCAGAAGUGCUUUGAUACCUUCGAGAAUUACCAGCCAGGCAUGGUGGUGGUGGUGGUGCAGAAGCAAAUCAACACCAACUUCUACAGCCUCACCACGGAGCAAUUCGCGUCCCCUCCGGCAGGAACCGUCAUCGACCACACCGUCACCAGCUCGGACUGGCAGGAUUUCUUUCUGUUGGCCCAUCGCCCUCGCCAGGGCUGCAGCACCCCCACACACUACGUCUGCGUGCUCAACACGGCCAACCUCAGCUGCGAGCACCUGCAGAGGUUGACAUUUAAGCUGUGUCACCUCUACUGGAACUGGCCUGGCACCAUCCGCGUCCCGGCACCAUGCAAAUACGCCCACAAGCUGGCAUUCCUGUCGGGACAAAUCCUGCAGCAUGAGCCGAGCUCCCAGCUCUGUGACAGGCUCUUCUUCCUAUAGCUGGAGUGCUGGAAACAGGCGAAGAAAGCACUGGAUUUGGGGUUUGCCCCCUGCAGCUGGUGUUAAGUCUCCUCUGAGAGAGACGUUUCUUUCCUCAAAUAUGGGGGUUUUUUUAAGAUAUAUUUCAUCACUUGGUUUCUUGGGUUCAUUUUUGUUGUUUUCAAAGGAUUCUGAUGCGGCAGCAGGGCCUGGGGGGCUCUUGAGAUUUGUCUCUAUGAGAGUGAACUUGGAGCAAAACUCCACUGCAAGCCUUUCCCCGCUGGUUUCUGUCCUCCCAGUGAAGAGGCUUGAGUGAAUGAGCCCGAAGGUGAUUUUGGACAUUUUGGGGUAUUUUCCCUCCAAUUUCUUCCAUCGCCAUCACAACAGCUGCCAGUUUAAGAUUCCACUUGGCUUUUCUGAGCUCCUGUUUAACAAAUGCGGCUCUGGUUCAGCUGCUUGUCCUUAAAAAACUCACUGGUUUACCAAGGAGAAGCCCUUGUUAUUUUUUUGUUGUUGUUGUUGUCAAGAGCUCAUCGAGACCUUUGGCUUCGCCUGCAUUUCACCUCGGUGAGGCCCCCAUCCCACCCCAAGAACUGGCUGGGAUGGGGAUGUAGCUGAAGCCCAGGAUGGGGAUGUAACCAGAGCAUCUCCCAGGCUCUCCUCUCCCUUUUUAAUACCUAGACGAGUUAAAAAGAUGUAAUUUUUCUUUGCUGUAACUGCAGUUUUCUGUUCAAUUCAAUAAAAGUGUUGCUGGCUC